AGAGAGAGGGAGAGAGAGAGCAUGGAUCUAAACACAACAUUCCUUUAGCCUUGUGAGUUUGAUGUAUCUUUGUGCUUUUGGAAUAUCAGGAAUCCCUUUUGCUCUUCAUUUAUGGAGCCCUCCAAACUUUUUGGAAGGGAUGAGGAAUCCGGAUGGACCAGUAUCUUAUGUGAUUCUUUAUACCCAGAAGGUGGUGAUGAUGGUGUUGGUCAUGACGACCAUGUCGAUGACGAUGAUGAAGAUGAUGACUCAUUGGCCAGUGAUGCAUCAAGCGGCCGCAGGAACCAUGACUGCAGAAACUGGGGGGAUGCCCUUGUUGAUAAGGCCGCUGACUUUGGUUACUCAGACCAACAUGGAGAUUUUGAUGACAAUGAUCAUGAAGAUGCGGAGAAUGCGGAUUGCUAUGGCGAUGGCGGCGAUGUUGACGGAGAUGGCGGGAGAAAUUAUGGUUUGAAAAGGGUUGAGAAAGCUGCUCGCAAGUGGAGGCAAGAGAGUGAGGAGAGGGUUAAAGAUGCAGGGAACAGAGCUCGUUUUGCCUCGAGGAGAAUGGACGACUCUCCUUCUCAGUGCAGCAGUACCAAGGGGCCGACGAAGCAGGGGAAUGGAAGAAGCGUCACGACGGCCAGCAGCCAAUGUGAUUAACUCACCUGCCUCCGACGUCGAUGGGCAUGGCCGUAUAUGAGGCGAGGCCAAGACGAGCACAUGCAGCUCAGAAGAGAAGGCCGUUGACCCACGGCAUUCACACGAUAUUCCUCCAUUCUUUGGAUGACAGAAGCGCCAAAUGGACGCGACCAAGGGAGAUAGGUGGCCGGGCGGCCAGUGGUAGGAAGAGUUUCUAAAUGGUAGCACAGUGAUUGGCUUUCUUAACUGAGAAUGGAUUUUAUUUUCUGUUCUGGUAUUAAUAGUAAUAGACUUUGUACUGGAUAUCUGAGCGCUUGUUCCUCUGCAUGUUUCCCUACAAUUAAACAGUACUCUGGGAAUAAAGACAUAUCAUUCAGGACCACUAUUGAAGCACGCCUUGUGCUUCAAA